UUCCUCCCCCUCGUCGUCGAGAGGGUUGUGGGGUGUUGGUGUGUGUGUGUGUGUCUGUGUGGGGAGGGGAAAGGAAAGGAGGGCUGCGCUGCAGUGGAGGGGCAGCCGUGGCUCGGCAGCGUCCCUCACAAGGGACAUUCCCGCUCGGAAUGUGAGGCGCGGCAGAGGCAAGGAGGGUUCCUUGUCAACUGCGAUUCCCUCAGAAGCCGCAACCAGCAGCGGGAGCGGCCUCGGGCUUCCCAGCGCGGGGUCGGGCGUCGACUGGAGGGUGGGGAGGCUCCUCAAGACCCUCCGCGAAGGGGCGGCCGAAGAAGGGGCGGCUUCUUGGGCGGCGGCGGCGGCGGCACUACCACCACCUACGUUCCUCCGGCGAGCCUGAGAGACCCCCUCGUCGCCUUGCCAUGAAGAAGUUUUCCCGCAUGCCGAAGUCUGACGGUACCGGAGGGAGUACGAGCAGCGGCGGCGGUGGAGGAGGAGGAGGAGGCGGCGGUGGAGGCGGCGGCGGCGGAUCGUCGUCGUCGGCGGGUGCGGGCUGUGGGGUUGGAAGCGGCCCGGCCGUGGGCAGCAGCAGGGUCUUCGCUGUAGGACGCUUCCAGGUCACUGUGGAGGAGCUGCUGGCGGAAGGUGGUUUUUCCACUGUUCUGCUUGUACGGACCUAUGGUGGAAUCCGGUGUGCACUGAAACGAAUGUAUGUUAAUAAUGUAUCUGACCUCAAUAUCUGCAGGAGAGAAAUAACAAUAAUGAAAGAACUGUCUGGGCACAAGAACAUUGUAGGGUAUUUGGAUUGUGCUGUUAAUUCUGUUAGUGAUAAUGUUUGGGAAGUACUCAUUUUGAUGGAAUAUUGCCGUGCGGGACAGGUAGUGAAUCAGAUGAAUCAGAGAUUGCAGACAGGCUUUACUGAGCCAGAAGUGCUAAGAAUAUUCUGUGAUGCCUGUGAAGCUGUUGCUAGGUUGCAUCAGUGCAAAACUCCCAUUGUUCAUAGAGAUUUGAAGGUUGAGAACCUUUUGUUGAAUGACAGCGGGAAUUAUGUCCUCUGUGACUUUGGAAGUGCCACUAAUAAAUUUCUUAAUCCUCAGAAAGAUGGUGUUAAUGUGGUUGAAGAGGAAAUUAAGAAGUAUACUACAUUAUCAUAUAGAGCUCCUGAAAUGAUCAACCUUUAUGGAGGGAAACCAAUUACAACCAAGGCAGAUAUCUGGGCUCUUGGCUGCCUGCUGUAUAAGCUUUGUUUCUUCACACUUCCCUUUGGUGAGAGUCAAGUUGCCAUUUGUGAUGGCAGCUUUACCAUCCCAGACAACUCACGUUACUCCCAUGGUGUACAUUGUUUGAUAAGGUACAUGCUUGAACCAGAUCAAGAUCAACGACCUGAUAUUUUUCAAGUAUCCUAUUUUGCCUUUAAACUUGCCAAAAAGGACUGUCCACUAUCCAACAUUAAUAACUCUCCUCUCCCUUCAACUCUUCCUGAGCCUUUGACAGCCAGUGAAGCUGCUGCUAAGAAAAGCCAAAUAAAAGCAAGAAUAACAGAUGCCAUUGGACCAACAGAAACCUCAAUAGCACCACGACAAAGACCAAAGGCUAAUACAAGCACUGCCACUUCUAGUGUAUUAACAAUCCAGAGCUCAGCAACACCAGUCAAAGUGCCAGUCCUUGGUGAUCUUAACAGUGGACAGAAAGGAGCCUCAAAACCUGGAAAUAGUCAAGAAAGUAUAUUGCCCCAGGGAAGUAAUCCAACCCCGCAGCAAAACAGAGUACUGCAACAACUACAACAAGGUGAUUGGAGGCUACAACAGUUGCACCACUUACAUCACCAUCAGCAACAGCAGCAUUUGCUUCAGGAUGCAUACAUGCAACAGUAUCAACAAGCAGUGCAGCAACACAUUCUUCAGCAGCAGCAGCUUUUGAUGCACUCUGUGCAGCAACAGCAACCUUCUUCAUCCCCAUAUCCUGUCAUGAUGCAGCAGUACCAACAAGCUCUUCUACAGCAGCAAGUCCUUCCGAAGCAGUUACCACCGCAGAAACAUUCUCCUGAAUUCCUUGCCUCUCCCCAGGAGUUUUCACCAGCCUUAAUGUCUCAUUCUAAGUCCUUUCCAGCUCAUGUCGGUGCAGCUCUGGACACUCCUUAUUCGACAAAUAGGUCAUCUUCCUCUGAUGCAGAGUCUGUUCCCAGCUAUCCAAAACAAAACAUCAAUAACCCUCCUGACAUGUCUGGCUGGAAUCCCUUUGGAGAAGACAAUUUCUCCAAGCUAACAGAAGAGGAGCUGUUGGACAGGGAGUUUGACCUCCUGAGAUCAAAUAGGCUCGUGGAGAGGAGAACAUCCUCAGAUAAGAUUGUGGAGCCACAUUCUGCUCCACAGAACCAUCCUCCAGAAGAUCCCUUUGGUUCUGUACCUUUCAUUUCUCACCCAGGUUCCCCAAGAAAUGAAAUUAAUAAUUUGGUGAGCAAUCUAGAAAACAAGAUAGUGAGUCCAGUUAAAAAUGAGAAGUCAACCCAGUUUGCUGAGGACCAUGAAUCCAGAAAGAAGGUGACAGGACACAUGAAAAAAGGAAAUGAUGAAUCAGAAAGUGACUUUGAGUCAGACCCUCCUUCUCCUAAAAGCAGUGAGGAAGAAGAUGAGCAAGAAGAUGAAGUCUUGCAGGGUGGGCAUGGAAUCUUCAUAGAUGACAAUGAUACUGAACCAGAGAACUUUGGCCAGCAUCCUCUUCUCAUGGAUUCAGAAGAAGAUGCAGAAGAUGAUGAUAAACAAAGUUCUGAUUCAGAUUCUGGUCAUAAUAGACCUGUAAAAGAGCUGCCUUGUAGUAGGUACAGAGAAGGGACUUCAAACAUUGCAGACAAAGAGACUAUUGCUCCGUGUUCUAUAUUGUCAGAGUUGCCAAUUACAGUGACUAAGGAGAGCCCCAAACAAGAGUUUGAUAUCUUUGGAGCAGUUCCAUUCUUUUCUCUUCACACUCAAGAGCCUAAGCAGAAAGAUAGCAGAGAUUUUUCUUCCCAGGCUGCUUUUCAAGCCUCAGAGCAAGAUCAGGAUGACUUUGAUGUCUUCACCAAAGCCCCAUUUAGCAGAAAAAUUUCUCAGCCAGAUGAUUUGGUUUCAGGUUCUGAAAAUCCACCUUCUCCUUUAUCUCCCAAAACCGUGGAUGUUUUUGGUUGUAUUCCUUUCCAGCCUCUUUCCACCUCAAAGGAUAGUGAGAACAAAGAGGACCUCUUUGGGCUUAUCCCAUUUGAGGAGAUAGCAGGGAGUCAGCAGCAGCAGAAGGUGAAGCAGCAGCAACGGAAUCUGCAGAAACUUUCUUCCCGCCAAAGACGCAUGAAACAGGAGGGAUCCAAGAGCAAUGGGAAGCGCCAUCAUGGCACUCCAACUAGCACCAAGAAGACUUUGAAGCCCAAUUACCGUACACCGGAAAGAGCCCGGAGGCACAAAAAAGCUGGUCGUCGGGACUCACAGAGCAGCAAUGAGUUCAUGACAAUCUCUGAUUCCAAGGAAAACAUAAGUAUUGCCCUAACUGAUAGCAAGGACAGAGUCAACCCAUUGCAAGCAGAAGAUGGCCUUCUAGACCCCUUUGGAGCCAAGCCUUUCCACCCCACAGAACUGGUGCGUCUCCCACAGCAUCAAGGAUUGGCUGAUAAUCGUGGGGACCACAACACUGUAGUGCCUGGGCGAUCUAGACAGGGUUCACUGCUUGGCAGCGUUCAUUCUAGUGAUGGGAUAAAAUUAACAGAUGAUUUUGGGGCAGUUCCUUUCACAGACCUUGUUGUGCCAAGUGUACCAUCACAACAAAGUCAGCAACAACAGGCAGUAGAGUUAGAUCCAUUUGGAGCGGCUCCAUUUCCUUCCAAACAGUAGGUUCUUCCAGGAGUAUCUCCCCAUUACUUAACCUAUAUACUGUCACAAUCCAUCUGGUUGAACUGUGGAGAAAACUAUUUUGUUAAGAACAAAAUACUAAUUCUCAAGAGUCACUGGACCCUCAGAUUUUAAAAUCUGCCAUAUUCUGUGUACAAUAUUGAGAUGUUCCGACGGUGAAAACAUUUCAGGAACAGCAGAUUAUGAAUAAUGAAAUCAGAAGCUAGUUA